GUUGAAAGAUUGCCGGAAGACGUGAAGAUAAAGCACUACCCCUUGCAGUUUCAAUAGGAAACCGCCGCACUAUACAGUACACACCCCGGUUCGGGAAUGUCUGCCCACUUUGUACACUCGUUUGGAUUUCUUAAACUGUAAGGAUGGUAAAGAAAUCAGCCAACGGUGAAGUUUAUCACCCCUCGGCAGUGGAGAAGAAACUGAAAGUGGGCUUUGUCGGACUGGACCCCGGCGCUGCGGAGACGAGCCGAGACGGGGCACUUCUCAUCGCCGGUUCCGAGAGUACAAAACGGGGCAGCAUCCUAUGCAGACAGAGGUCCAGCAUCUCGAGGGGAAGCCUAGCUCACAAACGAAACGCGCGCUAUCGGAGACUGCAAAAUUUCCUGUACAAUGCGCUUGAAAGACCCCGUGGCUGGGCAUUCAUUUACCACGCUUACGUGUUUCUGUUGGUGUUUUCCUGCCUUGUUCUGUCAGUGUUUGCGACGAUUAAAGAAUUCAAGAAGAGUUCUGAGAGUGCCUUGUACAUCCUGGAAAUUGUGACAAUUGUGGUGUUUGGUGUGGAGUAUAUAGUGCGGAUCUGGGCAGCAGGAUGCUGCUGUCGCUACAGAGGAUGGAGAGGAAGACUGAGAUUUGCUCGCAAACCCUUCAGUAUCAUCGACAUCAUGGUCCUGUUUGCCUCUGUGUCUGUGCUGGCCGCUGGUUCGCAGGGGAACGUUUUUGCUACCUCAGCGAUUCGGAGUUUGAGGUUUCUUCAGAUCCUUCGGAUGUUGCGGAUGGACCGUCGUGCCGGCACAUGGAAGCUGCUGGGAUCUGUGGUCUAUGCUCACAGCAAGGAACUCAUCACAGCAUGGUAUAUUGGGUUCCUGUGUCUCAUCCUGGCAUCUUUCUUGGUGUACUCUGUGGAGAAAGAUGACAAUUCAACGAUGUUUGAGACGUAUGCAGACGCCCUCUGGUGGGGGCUGAUCACUCUGACAACAAUUGGCUAUGGAGACAAGUAUCCUGUCACAUGGAAUGGACGCUUGAUCGCUGCCACAUUUAGUUUGAUCGGAGUAGCUUUUUUUGCUCUUCCUGCGGGUAUCCUGGGUUCGGGUUUUGCUCUUAAGGUUCAAGAGCAGCACAGACAGAAGCAUUUCGAGAAGCGCCGUAACCCUGCUGCAGGUCUUAUUCAGGCUGCUUGGAGAUUUUAUGCCACAAAUCUCUCACGAACAGACCUGCUGGCCACAUGGGAUUUUUACGAGCAGACUGUGUCUGUCCCAAUGUACAGACUCAUCCCUCCUGUCAAUCAACUGGACAUUUUAAGGAGUCUGAAGGGAAGAACUACUUUCAGGAAGGACUCGCAAGUGGAUUUUGCUCCAAGUAGUGACGUUUCACACAAAGACACCCUCUGUGGGUGCUGCCCGAGAAGCCAUAGUCGUAAGACCAGUUUAAAAGAGAAAGGCUGCCCCAGCCCCUGUAAAACCCCCGGGGGCAAAGACACCAAGACCCUCAAGACAGAGGAUGGAGUCAAAGAGAGUCCAAGCAAAGUGACCAAGAGCUGGAGCUUCACAGACCGGAACCGACAAAAACAAUCUUUGAAAAUCAAGGAUGGAGCUACCCGGCAAAACUCUGAAGUGCCGAUUGAGUUGAAAGACGAAGACUUCGCCAUGAAGAGUUCUCCAGCGAUUGAGGGCUUAAUCAAGGCAAGUCUUCCAGAUGAGCUUGGGGACGAAAGGGCUUUCACCUGCGAGUUUGUGCCGGACCUUUCUCCUGGACUUAAAGUCACUAUCAGAGCAAUCUGUAUUAUGCGGUUCCUGGUGUCAAAGAGGAGAUUUAAGGAGAGCCUCAGGCCCUAUGACGUGAUGGAUGUGAUUGAACAGUAUUCAGCAGGUCAUCUGGACAUGCUGUCACGCAUCAAAAACCUUCAGUCCAGAUUUGAUUGUGGGUCCCCCUCCCCCCUCGACCCCUCGUCACAAGAAGUUAUUCCAUGCAAUGAUUGUACUGUAGCUCUACUUGCAUUUGCUGCUGCUGCUGCUGAAUGGAGCUUAUCAAGAGUGGAUCAGAUUGUGGGAAAAGAAGCUGCGGCAGGAGAGAAGGACAAGCCCAAAAGCGAUGCUGAGGUGGCUGAAGACCCAAGCAUGAUGGGACGUUUAAACAAGAUGGAAAAACAGGUGGGCGCGAUGGACCUCAAACUUAACUUUUUGGUCGGUGUGUAUACCACACACAUGGGCAUCCCACGUUCUGAAACCGAAGCCCUUCUUGGAUUUAAAAUAAAUUAUCCUGCACCUCCCUACCACAGCCCAGACGAUAAGAGUGAGAAAGUGGCGAACGAGAAUGAGGAGGAGAAUAAUAAUAAGAGCGUGUCCCCCGUCAAACUUGUUCCUAAUGGGACCCCCACUGACAGCCAGUGUCGGCCCUCUACCUCAUGGCAUCAGCAAGAAGAGCAUCCUCUCAGCGUGCCGCUCUGGAACAACAGCCGAGGAGUGUCGCCAAUAGACGACCCCUCGCUGUACCGCAUCCCACCUCCACCGUUCCACGAGAGCGGGGACAACAGCCGGUCCCGCAGGCCCAGGAGACAAAGGCAGCAGGCGGCUCCCGAGAGCGACACGUCCCUCUCUAUACCUUCAGUGGACCAUGAGGAACUAGAGCGCUCGUUUAGCGGUUUCAGUAUUUCUCAGGCCAGAGAAGAGGAUUACGUACCUCCUGUGGGUCUGGGGAUGUUUGGGGGUGGUGGAGGGGGAACACUCUGCAACCGACUUAGGCCUUACCUGGCUGAGGGGGAGUCAGAUACAGACUCCGACCUGUAUACACCUGGAGCACCAUCACCUCUUUCUUUUACAGGGGACGUGCCUUUCGGCGACCGGGUAUGGCCCGGUUUCAAGUAAUCUGGAG